AUUAGUUUUCAUUUUGGGAUCAAUGGGAUCAAUCAAUCAAUCAAAUCAAACAAUCGUGGGAUCGUGUUUGCUUCGAGAUUCCCUUUUCCCCAUCCGAGGUGUAAGCGGAUGCCGUUGUUGAGCUUUGUCCGGCGUUGUUUCGUUGUUCACAAUGAGAGUUCCAACAUCGAUCAUUCCUCUGAUUGCCCUGAAAUCAUCUACUUCACCAUCACACCAUAUAUCGCCUUUUUACCUCUCUUUCUAUUUCAAUUAACUAGAAUUCAAAUUGGAAAACAGAAAAACUUAAAACUAUCGACGAUAAUCAAAUUAAGAUUGAUCUUAUUCACCACAUUAAUCAUUUUGCACUUUGUCGAAUUGUUAUUGAAACAUUUCACUGGAAAUGAUUAUUUGAGAGGGAAUGUCUUUUUCUAUCAUUUUACGGCGAUUCUUUCGCUGCUAUUAGCUCUUGCCUCAACAAUAUUCUCGAAUCUCGCUCAAAGACGUUUCAAUGGUUUCGUCAUCUUAUUUGCGAUGGCUUCAUUGUUAUUUGAGUCGAUUUUUCUACUAAUAAUGAUACUAAGCAGCCAGACACCGUCUUUAUGGAGUCUUUCUCGUUCUUGUCUUUUAAUCUUACUCAAUCUUUGCAUGGUUAAAAAAGAUCGGCCGACAAAUGAUAAGGAAGCUUGUCCUUAUGAUUAUGUUGGUUUCUAUUCAACACUGAUCUUUUCGUGGAUGAAUCGGUUAAUAGAGAUUGGACACAGUAAGUCCUUGAGCAUGGAUGAUAUCUUUUUUCUCUCUUUUCCCGCCUCAUCGAUGUAUCUUCGAGAAAAGUGGAGAAAAACGUGGGAAAGGGAAGUGAAAAGUAAG